GCCCCGCGAAGCGGCAUGAGCCGGCCCCCGCCGACGGGGAAAAUGCCCGGCGCCCCUGAGGCCGCGCCGGGGGACGGGGCGGGCGCGAGCCGCCAGAGGAAGCUGGAGGCGCUCAUCCGAGACCCUCGCUCGCCCAUCAACGUGGAGAGCUUGCUGGAUGGCUUAAAUUCCUUGGUCCUUGACUUGGAUUUUCCUGCUUUGAGGAAAAAUAAAAAUAUAGAUAAUUUCUUAAAUAGAUAUGAGAAAAUAGUGAAAAAAAUUAGAGGUUUACAGAUGAAAGCAGAAGACUACGAUGUUGUAAAAGUUAUUGGAAGAGGUGCUUUUGGUGAAGUUCAGUUGGUUCGUCAUAAGGCAUCACAGAAGGUUUAUGCAAUGAAGCUUCUUAGUAAGUUUGAAAUGAUAAAACGAUCAGACUCUGCUUUUUUCUGGGAAGAAAGAGAUAUUAUGGCUUUUGCAAAUAGUCCCUGGGUGGUUCAGCUCUUUUGUGCCUUUCAAGAUGACAGGUACCUGUACAUGGUGAUGGAGUACAUGCCAGGUGGAGACCUUGUGAACCUUAUGAGUAAUUACGAUGUGCCUGAAAAAUGGGCCAAGUUUUAUACUGCUGAAGUAGUGCUUGCACUGGAUGCAAUACACUCCAUGGGCUUAAUACACAGAGACGUGAAGCCUGAUAACAUGCUCUUGGAUAAACAUGGACAUCUAAAAUUAGCAGAUUUUGGCACAUGCAUGAAAAUGGAUGAAACAGGCAUGGUGCAUUGCGAUACAGCAGUUGGAACUCCUGAUUACAUAUCACCUGAGGUUCUGAAAUCACAAGGUGGUGAUGGAUACUAUGGGCGAGAGUGUGAUUGGUGGUCUGUAGGUGUUUUCCUUUUUGAGAUGCUAGUGGGGGACACUCCAUUUUACGCAGAUUCACUUGUAGGAACCUACAGCAAAAUUAUGGAUCAUAAAAAUUCACUGUGUUUCCCUGAAGAUACAGAAAUUUCUAAACAUGCAAAGAAUCUCAUCUGUGCCUUCUUAACAGACAGGGAGGUACGACUUGGAAGAAAUGGGGUAGAAGAAAUCAAACAGCAUCCUUUCUUUAAGAAUGAUCAGUGGAAUUGGGAAAAUAUAAGAGAGACGGCAGCUCCAGUGGUGCCUGAGCUCAGCAGUGACAUAGACAGCAGCAACUUUGAUGACAUUGAGGAUGACAAAGGAGAUGUAGAGACCUUCCCAAUCCCUAAAGCUUUUGUGGGAAAUCAGCUGCCUUUUAUAGGAUUUACCUACUUUAGAGAAAAUUUGUUAUUAAGUGACUCUCCAUCUUGUAGAGAAAAUGAUGCAAUACAAACAAGGAAAAGUGAAGAAAGUCAGGAGAUUCAGAAAAAAAUAUCUGCACUAGAAGAACACCUUAGCAGUGAGCUGCAGGCCAAGGAGGAGCUGGAGCAGAAGUGCAAAUCUAUCAAUACUCGCCUAGAGAAAACAGCAAAGGAGCUAGAAGAAGAGAUUACUUUUAGGAAAAAUGUGGAAUCAGCACUGAGACAGUUGGAAAGAGAAAAGGCCCUUCUUCAGCACAAAAAUGCAGAGUAUCAACGGAAAGCUGAUCAUGAAGCUGACAAGAAACGGAAUCUAGAAAAUGAUGUUAACAGCUUAAAAGAUCAACUUGAAGAUUUGAAGAAGAGGAACCAGAGCUCUCAGAUAUCCACUGAGAAGGUCAAUCAGCUCCAGAAACAACUGGAUGAAGCUAAUGCUUUGCUGCGAACAGAGUCUGAUACUGCAGCACGGUUAAGAAAAACACAGGUGGAAAGUUCCAAACAGAUUCAGCAGCUGGAAUCUAACAAUAGAGAUCUACAAGAUAAGAACUGCCUACUUGAGACUGCCAAGUUAAAGCUUGAAAAGGAAUUUAUCAAUCUUCAAUCAGCUCUAGAAUCUGAAAGGAGGGACCGGACUCAUGGAUCAGAGAUAAUUCAUGAUUUACAAGGUAGACUAUCUGGGCUGGAAGAAGACUUGAAGACUGGGAAAGUCUUACUGGCAAAGGUAGAGCUGGAGAAGAGACAGCUGCAGGAGAAGCUCACUGACUUGGAGAAGGAAAAGAGCAACAUGGAAAUAGAUAUGACAUAUCAACUGAAAGUGAUACAGCAGAGUUUAGAGCAAGAAGAAGCUGAACACAAGACCACAAAAGCACGUCUAGCAGAUAAAAACAAGAUCUAUGAAUCCAUUGAAGAAGCUAAAUCAGAAGCCAUGAAAGAAAUGGAGAAGAAGCUGUUGGAAGAAAGGUCUUUAAAGCAGAAGGUGGAGAACCUGCUCCUGGAAGCUGAGAAAAGAUGCUCUCUAUUGGACUGUGAUCUCAAACAGUCACAGCAGAAACUCAGCGAGCUGCUGGAGCAGAAAGAUGUGCUAAGUGAGGAUGUUAGAAAUUUGACAUUAAAAAUAGAGCAGGAAACUCAGAAGCGUUGCCUUAUGCAAAAUGAUCUGAAGAUGCAGACCCAGCAAGUCAACACCCUAAAAAUGUCAGAAAAGCAGAUAAAGCAGGAAAAUAAUCAUCUCAUGGAAAUGAAAAUGAACUUGGAAAAGCAAAAUGCUGAACUUCGAAAAGAGCGGCAGGAUGCAGACGGGCAGAUGAAGGAGUUGCAAGACCAGCUUGAAGCGGAGCAGUAUUUCUCAACCCUCUAUAAGACACAAGUUAGAGAACUUAAGGAAGAAAGUGAAGAGAAGACUAAGCUUUGUAAAGAAUUACAGCAGAAGAAGCAGGAUUUACAGGAUGAAAGAGACUCUUUGGCUGCCCAGCUGGAGAUCACCCUGACCAAAGCAGAUUCUGAGCAGCUGGCUCGUUCCAUUGCUGAGGAACAGUAUUCUGAUUUGGAAAAAGAGAAGAUCAUGAAAGAGCUGGAGAUAAAAGAAAUGAUGGCUAGACACAAACAAGAGCUCACUGAGAAGGAUGCCACCAUUGCGUCUCUCGAAGAAACCAAUAGGACACUAACUAGUGAUGUUGCGAAUCUUGCAAACGAGAAGGAAGAGCUGAACAACAAGCUGAAAGACACUCAAGAGCAACUCUCCAAGUUGAAAGAUGAAGAGAUCAGCGCAGCAUCGAUUAAAGCUCAGUUUGAGAAGCAGCUGUUGACGGAGAGAACACUCAAGACCCAGGCUGUGAAUAAGUUGGCGGAGAUCAUGAAUCGCAAAGAACCUGUCAAGCGUGGCAGUGACACAGAUGUACGAAGGAAAGAGAAGGAGAACAGGAAACUCCAUAUGGAGCUUAAGUCUGAACGUGAAAAGUUGACGCAGCAGAUGAUCAAAUACCAGAAAGAACUGAAUGAAAUGCAGGCUCAAAUAGCUGAAGAGAGCCAGAUUCGAAUUGAACUCCAGAUGACCCUGGACAGUAAAGACAGUGACAUUGAGCAGCUGCGGUCACAGCUCCAGGCCUUGCAUAUUGGUAUGGACAGUUCCAGUAUAGGCAGUGGACCAGGAGAAGUUGAGCCCGAUGAUGGUUUUCCAGAAUCAAGAUUGGAAGGAUGGUUGUCGUUGCCUGUGCGGAACAACACUAAAAAGUUUGGAUGGGUUAAAAAGUACGUGAUUGUGAGCAGUAAGAAGAUCCUCUUCUACGACAGCGAACAAGAUAAAGAGCAGUCUAACCCUUACAUGGUUCUCGAUAUAGACAAGCUGUUUCAUGUCCGACCUGUUACCCAGACAGAUGUAUACAGAGCAGAUGCUAAAGAAAUUCCAAGGAUAUUCCAGAUUCUGUAUGCCAAUGAAGGAGAAAGUAAGAAGGAACCAGAAUUUCCGGUGGAGCCUGUGGGAGAAAAAUCUAAUUAUAUUUGCCACAAAGGACAUGAGUUUAUUCCUACUCUUUAUCACUUCCCAACUAACUGUGAGGCCUGUAUGAAGCCAUUGUGGCACAUGUUUAAACCUCCUCCUGCUCUAGAGUGUCGUCGGUGCCACAUUAAGUGUCAUAAAGAUCACAUGGACAAGAAGGAAGAGAUCAUAGCACCUUGCAAAGUUUAUUAUGAUAUAUCAUCGGCAAAGAAUCUAUUGUUAUUAGCAAAUUCAACAGAAGAACAGCAGAAAUGGGUUAGUAGGUUGGUGAAAAAGAUACCUAAGAAGCCUCCGGCUCCGGACCCUUUUGCCCGAUCAUCUCCUAGGACCUCAAUGAAAAUACAACAAAACCAGUCCAUCCGGCGGCCCAGUAGACAGCUUGCUCCAAACAAACCAAGCUAACUGCCUUCUGUGAAAGCAGUUAUUCUUCAGCCACAAGACUGAAAUAGGAUGUUUCAAAACGUAACUAAAAAGCUGUAUUCUACUGAGAGACUGAUACACAUACACACACGUUUCCUUUCCCCUGAAGUAAUUUUAAAUCAUGGAGAAUUUUUCUGGGCUGCUUUGAAACAAGUUGGACAGCGGUGAUCGGUGAGUAAAGGUGUCGUGCGACUCUUCAAGACUUUCUUCCUAGAGCCCUUGGCGGUCACACUACAUUGACCAGAAGGACUGAGAAGAGUUUAAAGAGAUCACAUUUGGGUUUCAACAGAGGGUUUCUACCUGCACAUUAGCCAGAAGAACGGGGAGUGGAUUCCACUGCAGUGAUGCUGACUACAUCUUUAAAAGUGACCAUGCUGUUGUAUCCAUGUAUGUCUGUACAUAGGAGUUGAGCCUCAUAUAUAUACACACACACCACACAUAAGAACACAGUGUACUGUAAUACUGCAAGAAGGUAUUUUUAACUUACCGUUUUAUUUUUAUACACAUGAAUCAGAUAUCAUUACUUCAGUUGCAACUAUGCACUUGUAUGAAGCCAUGUGUUGGCGCUUAUAUCCUUCAUUCAUGUACCUGACAGGAGAUGCAUGUUUGUGUAAACAGGAACUGUAACAAGAAGUUUGCAGUUAAUUACUCCAGUUCCUAAUGCUUGUGGUAGACAACUUUACCCAUUUUGAAUGCCUUAAUUUAAUUUUCUCUCCCCCCCCCCCCAAAUCUCAACCCUUUUCUGUAUUUAAGAAGAGAAAGAGCAAGUGUUUACCAGCUCUUAGGAUGCAGCUUGCUUUGUGGGAAAGUAGUGCGCUCUUGACCUGCAGCGUGGGUCAGUGAUAGCCUGUCUGCUGUAGGACGGCUGUAAUGUAUUGGGCCAUAGAACAGUAAUGAUUGUAUUGAAGCCAGUGUGUGUGAUGGACAUCUGUUAGUUUUUCAGCCCUUUUUACAGACGUCAGCUGGUCUGUAACUACAAAAUACUUCCUUUGCUUUGAACUUGCUGGUUACCCUAGGUGUGUUUUUAUUUAUGAUAAAGGCAAU